GAGGGAAUGAGGAUGAGGAGGAGGGGGCUUGAGCUCGCGCUUCCAUGGACAUCUAUGUAACAUCAACCACGUACUCGUGCCAUCAAGGAGCUUUACGGGAAUAAUAACAUUACUAUCGAAGAGUUAAAAAAAAAUCAGGAUGGCAUUCCCUGUAGAUAUGCUGACAACUGUGGACCAUGAGUCCUUAGAAAUGGCAGCAAAGGACUACAUGUCUCAGCUCCUCUACAGAAACACUGAUGAGACUGAGUACCUCAGCCUACCUGAUUCCAAACAAAUACAGAUUGGACUCUGCAAUGUAAGUUUUGUUCCUCUCUAUGGAGCAGAUUCUAAAGAAAAGGUCCUUGGUUUGUUCUCACCAGAUAACAAUUUUAUAGUUGAAGGGCUUUAUUUGGUGGGUAGGUGGUGGACAGUUGAAGAUAUCCUUAAAACAGCUGACCUCUCAAGAACAGGUCUGAUCAAGGUCAGCACCCUUGGGGAGAGGGUAGUCCUGUAUGUUCUCAACAGAUUUGUGUACAGAGCCAAGGAGAAAAGCAUUGAAGAUGUUCCCUUUCUCUGUCAUUGUGAGCAUGAAACUGCAAAAAUACUAUGGAAGGAUGGUGAGGCCAUCGGUUUUUACUCAGUCAAACCUAAAGGGAGCUUGUGCAGUAACUUCUUGACACAGUGCUAUCAGCUUCCUAUCAUGGACACAAUAUUUGUCAGGAAGUGUCACCGUGGCAAUGGUCAUGGCUUACAAAUCCUGGAAGACUUUGUUGGUAGUUUCAGAAAGGAGAACCUGGGGUUAAAAUUCCCUCUUUCAAAGGCUAUGUAUAAAGUGUGUGCAAAGUACUUCAGUAUGUAUCCAGGAGACAAGGAGCUUCUUUGGGAAGUAGACGGCAUUGGAGGCCCUUUCCAGAGAACUUUAAUAGACAGCAACCUACAGAAGUUGAAGCUAAAAGAGAUGGACGAUGUUGUGAGUAAAUUGAAUUUUGAGGAAGAUAACAUCAGUGCUCCUGUGGAAAUAGAGGUUACAAAGAUUCAAGAAACCAUUGAAUACACAAUGGAGAUUGUGGAGGACACCAUCACAAAAGUCACCAAAGUGGUAGAUGACAUACCUGUCACAAGACGUGGGAGAAGCAGCAACCUGAAACGCAGAGGAAUCAGAGAAAAUUCAGAGGAGAGGCUAUCAAAGAACAUAAUCAGGGUGGAAGACAUUGAGGCUGGGGUUGAUAGCCCGACUGAGGUGGUGACUGAAGAAAAACCUGAUAACAGCACUUUUAAUGUAAAAGAAUCAGAAGCUGUACUCAAGAGUACAACAGUCUCCAUAAUCGCAGCUGUGACAAAAACUUCAGAACUUAGAGAUUCACAAAAAGAAGAAGAGGAACAGGAAAUUGGAAAAGAGGUCAUUUUGGAGACAGUUGAGGAUAUUUUUGAAAGGCCUGCAAUAGACUUAGUUAAAGGUAUAUCAGAGAAAGGUCUUGAAAAUAAAGAGGAGACCCCAGUUACCCACUUAACCAUAGUUGGGGAAAUAAAGAGUCGAGGAGGCAGUGAAGAGGUACAGGAAAUGAUUAAUAAAGAGCACACUCUGGAAAUACAAGGAGCCACUAUUGGGUCUUUUGACCAACACCAUCCUCGGUCUGUGUUGGAUGUAGAAAUUGUCAAAAUGAGUACAGGAAUUGAAGAGGAGCAAAAAGAGAAUUUAGAAAACUCCAAAGAGGGCAAGGAAGAUGAACCUGUGUGUGAGGUAGAGGAGGAAAUAAAAGAAAUGUUGGAUGAACCUGAAAAUGCAAAUGGAAAAGAGAGUGAGAAUAUACAGGAGAUUGUGGAUAUUGUUACACAUAUUGAGAAGAUUGUGGAAGAGGAGGAAAUGCACACAGAAGAAACUGAAAAUAAAAAUAUUGAUAAAGCAGACAUUAUUCCUGAAGCAUUAACAGCAGAAAAUACCGUUCUUGAGCAGACAGAGACUGCUAAACCAACAGAAAAAGAACAAGCUCACUGGGAUGUGGAAAAUAGGGAGGAGAUAGAAAAAACAGAACUGGAUGAGGUUUUGGAAGAAAGUGCUAAGGACCUCAGUGAGGAAACAGAAGAAAACCAAGAUGACAAUAUGGGUUCAGAGGCAUGUGAAGCAAAGGAUGUAGACAAAGUUCUUCAAAAGUCUUUGGAAGACAAACACCAGAAAGAACUGGUGGCAGAAAAAGAAUCUGUGAAAAAGACCCCUUUUACUAAAGAAAUCCCAUGUGACAAACCAGAACACAGUGAUACAGAACAGGCCUUCUCCAAUAUAAAAUCAGCUCAGAAGACAAUUUCAGUGAUAACUCCUUCAAGGAGAUCCAAAAGACUUAGACAUCAGCCUGCUGACACAGAAAGAGAGCUCAAAAGGACGGUGAAGUAUUUUAAGACUACACAAUACAGCAAAGCAAUGAUGCAAGAAGAGAAUACCAUAGAAACAAUUGAUGAACUUGUGGAUAAUGAUUCUGAGGUUAAAGAAGAGACACAAGAACCUCAAGUUGAGGUUGAGGAAUGCAAAGAAAAUGACAAACUUAAAGUAUCUACAGUAGAAGCCGAAGUCACAGAUUUUAAGGAAACCGCAGCUGCUGAACCUGAGGUGUCUGAAGUAGUGAAAGGGGCAGAAAUAGAGAGUCAAAGGGAAGCACCACAACAGUCAACUGUAGAUCCUGCUGAGAUACAGGAAGAAAACAUGGUACCUGAAGAGGAUUUGGAGAAAGAGGGGAAUGGCACCAUGAUGUCGACAUUGCGUAAAACCAAAGUUGUGCUUUUAGAUAUGAAUAUACUGUCUCCUAAAGAGGCAGGUGAGAGUCAUACUAUAAAGGAGACAUUACAUAUUCAGGAGAAAAAAGAAUCAGACAAAGUGUUGGGUAUUAUUGAAGAAGAUGGAAAGAAGCAGACAGUGUCUCAGCUUAAAACAUCUGAGGAACAAGCAGCUGAGGAAAUUGUGAGAAUGGAGGAACAAGAAGGUACUUUGGAGAAACCCAUGGAAGAAACAGCCAGUACUUCUAUAAAAGAAGGAUAUGAGUUGGUACAUGAUGCCAACAGAAUUCCAGGACAAUCAACUGCAGACAAAGAGCAAGGGGGUGGGCCAGAACCAGAAACUACAGAGCUCUUUUAUCCAAGCCAAGCUGAGAAACAAGAACAGAAAACAGACACUGAACAAGAGGAUGAGCAGGACUCAGGAAAGGAUUCAGAUGAGGCAGACAAGUUGUUUCUGAAAUGUAAAGAAGCUCAAAAAAGAAGACCAGCUAACACCCCAAGGAGAUCCAAAAGACUUGGAGAUCAAACUAUCGACCCUGGGGUGACAGUCAGACGUUUUAGGAGUACAAAAAAAGCUGCAGUGAUCAGCCCUCUUAGGAGAUCUACACAAAGCAAAUCAGUGAUUCAGCAAGUAGAAACAUUUAUGUCACAAGUAGAAAAUAGGGAAGAGGCAGAACUCCAGAAUUAUGAAAACACUGUGAGUGAUGCAGAGGAUGCAGGUCCAGAGGAGCCUGAAAAGACAAACACUAAUGUUGAGGAAACAACUGCUGUUGAUCCUGCGAGUUCUGAAAUUAUGAAAGGUGCUAAAAUUGAUGAUAUAGAUAAAGAACAACCAAUUGUAGAGUCUACUGAGGAGGAACAACUUUUAGAAACAGAACCUGCUGAGGAUGUAGAGAAAGAAGAGGACAGCUCCCCUGUAAUAAUACUGCAGAAUGCCACAGUAAUGCUUGUGGAUGUAAACAAACUUUCACAGAAAUUAAAAGUAAAUAGCGAGACUGCAUUGGCAGUGGAACUGACAGUGGAUAAGUCUGCUAAUGUUGAACCUGAGCAGUUCAGCAUGGAAUCAGAACAGGACAAACAACUAAAAGACGUAGACACAGAGGAAGCAACUGAAAAGAUGCCAGAGGAAGAGAAAAUGGAGGAACAAAACACAGUUAAUGAGCAGAAUGAACCAGAUAAACAAGACAUGAUAUUUAAAGAUCAAAAGCCAGUGGAAGAAGGGGUCCUUGAAAAAAAGAUGACUGAAGAUUUGGAUGAUGGUCAAAAUGAUAUAAAGGAGACAGAGAUUAUAGAUGAAUAUAAAGCAGUCAUAGAUGAGGUUGUGGAGGAAGCCAUAACAUCUGGAGAGCAGCCAGACACAAUGUCAGCAGAGGAAAGCGCUAAAAAUGAAAACAUUCUGAAUGAAGAUGAAGAGAUGACCAGUCUUGCUCCGGGGAAAGCUGUCCAGGAAAUUGAGGAAGAGGAGGCACCAGUCUACACAGAGAGAAUUCUCAGACGAAGAACUGUAAGAGUUCAAUCUCCACCGAGAAGGAAAUCUAAACGUUUACAAAAAAAGGAUUCUGAGUCAGAUGUUGAAAUUCAGGAAAGCCUCACAGUGAGGAGCAAAGAUGAAAUUGAAACAGAAAAAGGAGAUGAAGAAAUUGAUCAAUUGAUGGAAAACCAGGAAGCAUAUUUAACUGAAACAAUGAGAACAGUUGAGGAGAAGGAGGAGGCCCCUAAAAUAGGAUGGGUAGAAGCCAAUUUAGUGCAACAGGAAAAUGAGCCAUUUGUUGACAAUGAAACUUCAGAGACAGAAAGACCCACUGAGAUGGAUGAAGCUACAAUGGUUGGAAUGGAAAGGUUCACAAGGAGAAGCCUUAGGCUCAGUGCAAAACCAGUUAUAUCUUCACCAAGAUCAACAUCUCAAUGUCUCCACACACAAAAAUUGGAGCCAGUAGAAGUAAACAUGAGUGGAAAAGAACAUGAUAAAAUCUCAGCAACAACAGAAGAGUCUGUGAAUAUCAGUAUGCCCAUUAUUACAAUGGAGCCAAAUGUUAAAAUUCUUGAUGAAAUUGUAAACACAAAUGUUGAGGAAACAACAGCUUUUGAUCCUGAGGUUUCUGUACUGCUGAAAGGUGUGAAAAUUGAUGAUGAAGAUAAAGUACCACAACUUGUAGAGGUUACUGAGAAGGAGAUCCCACUUGUAGAAACUGCACCUGAUAAGAAUGUAGAGAACGAGGAUGACACCACUCCAGUAAGCAAAAUGCAAAAUAUCACAGUAAAGCUUAUGGAUGUGAACAAACAUUUCCAAAAAACAGAGGGGAAUAGUAAGACUGCAGAGGAACUAGUGCUUUCUCAGAGAGAAGAAGAACUGGAUAAUUCAGCCAAUAGUGAACAUGAGCAGAGCAACGUGGAAUCAGAAGUGGACAAACAACAAGAAGUUUUAGAAAAAGAACAAGACACUGAAAAGACGCCAGAGGAAGUUGUCCUUGAAACAAAGAAGACUGAAAAUUUCGAAGAAGGUCAAAAUGAUGUAAAGGAGAUUGUAGAUGAAUAUAAAGCAGUCUUAGAUGAGGAUCCAGAUGCAAUAGAAGACAGACCAAAUAUAAUUCAGGAGAUAGCCAACUAUCAAGAUACUGUUUUGAAAGAAAAACAAAACGACAGUAGCAUGGCAGGAGAGAUGAUAGAAGACAAAAAGGCCAUAAUGCCAGCUGAGAACAUUGCGGUGGAAAGCACUAAAAAUGAAAACAUUCAGAAUGAGGAUGAAGAGACAGUAAGAGUUAAAUCUCCACCUAGAAGAUCUAAACGUAUACAAAAACAGGAGUCUAAGGAAGAUGUUGAAACACAGGAAAGCCACACAGUGGGGAGCAUGGGUAAAACUGAUACAGUCCCAAUACCGGAAAAGAGAGUUAAAGAAAUGGAUCAAGAAGUGGACAAGAUGGACAACAAGAAAAUCCAUUUAACUGAAACAAAAGAAACCGAUGAGGAGGAUGCAGCUCCUGAAAUGAGCAGAGAAGAAGCUAAUUUAGAGCAACAGGAAAACAAACCUUCUAAAACUUAUGAGACAAAAACUAAUAUAAUUGAAAAUGAAAAUCUAGUGGAAUUGGUUGUAGAGGAAGGAGUUCAAGAUAAAGACAAAGUGCAGGAAAACACAAACCUUAACACAGAACAAAAGGAUAAUAUUCAGGAUAAAGAAGAAAACCAAAUAAGAACAAGCUCAAUGGAAGAGGAUUCCACUAACCAAAAAGCUGUGUCACAGGAGGAAAACCUAGAGGAAACCAAUCAGAAUGAAACACCAGCUGCCCUGGAGAAAGCUGCUUUAGAAAGCUCAGAUGAAAAAGCACCUCUCAUUACAAGAAAAAAUCUCAGAUGUAGAACGGUAACAGUCGAGUCGACACCAAGAAGAAAAUCUAAACAGCAACACAGACAAGAGGUGGAGCCCGAGAAAGAAGCAACAAGUGACAGAUGUGGAAAUGAAAAAAACUCUGCAAUGGAGGAAGCAGCCAACAAUUUAAAUGUUAAUACAGAGAAGGAGAAUGAGCCAUUGAAUGAUAACGUUGAGGAGGAAGGUAAUGAAAUCCUGGUUGAGAGCAUGAACCGUGUCAUUCAGGAGGAGGCACAAGGAGAGCCUGAUGAAGAAGAAUUAGGGAAUGCACAGAAGGACACAGAACUGAACCACGCUCAAGAGGAAUGUCUUGACAGAGAUGAUUUGCAGAAGCCCAAGGAACAGGAGGUGUCCAGUGUUCAAGAGGAAAAAAUUUAUUUCCAAGAGUCUUCAUCAGUCACAGAAGGCAUGCAAGGAAGUUCUUCUGAAUUGGAGGAAACUGUGGUGGAAAAGAGAGUCCUGAGAAAAAGAAGAACAGUUGAAGCAACUGCUCAAAGGAAAUCUAAACAUCUUCGCAUACAAGAGCAAGAUGAAGGUAGUGAGCAUGUAGAGGAGCCACUUAAUAGACCGACUGAAUGCGCAGACUCAGAAGGGAUUGUUAAAAACGAUGUUGAGUUGAAGUCAGAUGUACAAACUGCAAUGGUUUUUGAGGAAAAAGUGGAGGAGAGUAAUUUGAGUGAAGAAACACCACAACAAAUGCCGAAAGAUGGGAGAAAAUCAGAUGGAUACCAUAAUAAACAAGAAGAUGGUUCCAAAGAAACAGAUGUAGGAGAAUCUGUGGAGGGUCAGAAAUGUGAAACUGAGGUCAAGGAGCAAAAUAACAAGAAAGUAGAGGUGACAGAUAAAACAAAUGAGAAGGAAGAACAUGAGGAGAAAGAGCAAGAUCAUGAGUCUAAUUUAAAUGCGGGCUUUACUUUAGAGUUUGAGGAAGAGGAAAAACCUGAUCAAGAAGGAAACAUAGCAGAUAAACAGAGCCAAGUUGUCAUUGAGGUUCCAAAAGAAAUAUCCACAUCUGAGAAAAGUGAAGAACAUAUCUCCGAUGACGAUGAGAAUGAAAUUGUCAUGGAAACGCAUGUUCCUCAGAGAACCUCAUCGGCCACAGCUUUAACCACACGAAGAUCAAUGAGACUUCAAAACCAUGAAAAUAAAAAGCAUAAUAAGGAAGAUGAAUCAGAUUCUGAGGAGUCAAAGAGAGAAGUACAACAAGCAAUUGAACAGACACCUCAGAGAAAAAGAAAAGCCAUAGCUGAUGCAACACCUGCUCGCAGAUCAAAACGCCAUGAAAGGGGAAAUAUUGCUUAGUGCAUUAUUCAAUCUUUUUUAGUACACAACCUCCUAUGCCAGUGAUUCCCAAUCCUGUUCCUGGAGAUCCCCCAACACUACACAUUUUGAAUAUCUCCCUAAUCAAACACACCUGAUUCAACUCAUCAGCUUGUUAGUGGAGACUCUAAGACCUGAAUUGGUUGAAAAUGUGCAGUGUUGGGGGGCCUCCAGGAACAGGGUUGGUAACCAGGGGUGGAAAGAGUACUGAAAAAUAAUACUCAAGUAAAAGUACUGCAAUAUCUUAAGAAAAAAUUGUAUGAGUAAAAGUACCUGUCCUAAAAACUACUCAAGUAAGGGUAAAAGAGUAGCUAAUUUACAAGUACUCAUGAGUAGUGGGUAUCGAGUACUGAGUUGCGGAGCUAUGCCCCUUUAUAAUAAAAACUCUAUGCUGCAAUUUAAAAAUGUUGCACACAUACUGUAAUUUACAUUCCCUUUCAUGGCUGUUUACCAGAAACAAUAAAAAAUAUAGUUAUUUUACAGGUGUUUGUGACUGACAACUUUUAAAAUACAUCACUUAUCUAUGAUACUGUAAACACUACAUUAAUCUGAUGGGAAAGAAAUAAAAGGGUGACAUGAUUACAGAAACAAAGAUGAAACAUUUUCAAAUAUCAUAAUGUAUGAAACAAUUCAUCAGUUUAAAAUCAGUUUAUGUGUAGGGUCUAAAUUUCCCUUAAUGCCGACAGAGCGUUAUUGUUGUGCAUAAAACAUGUUCAAACAAUGCAAGGAAUGCUAUUUUUUUUAUGAAAACCCACAAAAAAGAAGGUCACUUGGUGCGUUAUGUCCCGUACAAUAGAGGGGGUAGAGCAGUUGUUUGGUACAGGGGCCACAUCAGGCUUCAAAGGAAUAAUUCACACAAAAAUUAAAAUGAUCUCAUCAUUUACACACCCUAAUGCCAUCUCGGAUGUGUAUGACUUUUUCUUCAGCAGAAAGCAAAUUAAGAUUUUUUAGAAGAAUAUUUCAGCUCUUUUGGUCCAUACAAUGCAAGAGAAUGGGUGCCAAAAUUCUGAAGCUACAAAAAUCACAAGUCAGCAUACAAGUAGUCUAAUCCAUGUGACUCCAGAGGUUAAAUGUUUUCAGAAGAAAUAUGAUUGAUGUGGUGAGAAACGGAUCAAAUAAAUUGUCCUCCCUGUUCAGUCAAUCUCCACUUUAACUUUCUUCUUUUGUUUUUGGUGAUUUGCUUUCUUCAUGCAUAUCGCCAUCUACUGGGCAGGGAGACUUAAUAUUGAUCUUUUUCUCACCCACACCUAUCAUAUCACUUCAGAAGUCAUGGAUUUAACCACUGGAGUCAUAUGAAUUAUGUUUAUGCUACAUGUAUGUGCUUUGUGGAGCGUCACAAUGUUGGCAACCAUUCACUUGUAUUGUACACUCUCUACAUCAGGGGUCGGUGUUAUUAAAAAAUCUAACAAUAUUAUUACAUUUAUUCUAUUACAUGAAUACUUUUAAAGCUACUCAAGUUAUUCAGCCAAAAGUAGUGAGUGGUUUUCUCAUUUCCUUGUUAUUGAUGUGUAAUUAUUAGCCUUUAUAUGACAUAGCCUACUAGACAGUGCUCAAUUUGGUUACAUGUACACUUCAGAUCCAACAUUUUGAUGCAAAUACGAUUUUUAUCAGACCAAACCGACUGUGUUUACAUUAAUGUCUCACGGAAUUAUAAAGUGUAUUUGAUCAUUUAGGGCUGAACCUGUAAUAGCACUCAAACAUUAGCGCCUGUCAAUCAAACAGUAUGCAGCUACAGACGUCAGGAUAUAAAAAAUCAAUCUUUUAUAUUUUAUCUAGAUCAACCAACCAGUGGUUGUCUUGCUAUUGCAGUCGAUGUAAUGAACACCCCUGUUCUAGAUGUAGAUCAUAGGCUAAGUAUAGAAAAUUACAUUAAAGUUCAUCAUCGAUAUCGCGGACAUCUCUCUUUUUUUUUCAGAUAAACAUCAAGAUCAUUAUAUUGCCCAGCCCUAUUGAUAACAUUACCUUAAUCUCUCACAGCAACCAUAUAAUCUCAGUGAUAGAAAUAUGAAAUUUACCUCUAUGUUUCUUCAAGGCAGGAUUAAUGCUGAUAUCUGGCUUAAGCAAGUUAAACUCACAUGACACAAUCAAGCAAUUGGCCUUUUUCACAGCAAAAAUCCCUUUCAGGUGUGGCCGAGCUGUUCAGAUGUAAACUGUGCUUGAACAAAUGGCACCAGAUCUGCAGCUGCCAUUCAAGUUUUUUAUGUGUGAUUUGAUUUGAUGUAAGUCACAAGACUCUCCCUAGCAAAUCAUGUUGAUGGAUAAAAAUAAAAUCAGGACAGGGAAGUAGCAAACACAGACAGGGGGAAAAUAGCGCAUUAAAAGUACAUUUACAGCACUUAAAAUGAACUCAAGUAAAAGUAUCAAAAAAUGUAACAAUUCUUGUGCAAAAGUAGUUAAUUACAGUAAUGUGAGUAUUUGUAAUUCAUUACUUUACACCCCUGUUGUAACCACUGUCCUAUGCAUUGCUUAAGGGACCAAAAUUCAGAAAUUCAAAUCAUAUGUGUAGUUUUAUAUUAUUCCAUUUUUAUAUGCAAAAUAACACAAAUAAUAUUUUUCUGAAGUAUUUCAGAUUUUUAUAAAACAAUACUUGUUUGUCAAAAUGAGGAUUUAUUGGAAUAUUAAAUGUUUUAUAUAGCAAAUUCAAGUAAAUGAAUUCACAUGUAGAAAGGGGUGUAGAUUUGGCUUGAACAUUUACAUGUUUCCAUUGAUUAUACUUGUACUUGCUUCUUUUGAUUAUUAUUUGGGGGGUUGUUGUGAGUUUGGUGAAGUUUGUUUAUUUUUACACUCCAUUCUUAGCGGUGAAGGUAAUGUAGCUUCAUGUUCCACUUAUAUUCAUAUUAAAUGCAGAAAGAAUUUUUUUUUUUUUUUUAACCACUGUGAUUUCUUUGUUGUGAAAAUAUUUUUCUGAACUGUGAUUGGGCCAUUGUAUUUCUUAAAUGUUUAAAUAAACCUGAAGU